GGUGUGACAAGGGGAGAAGAACCGGUUCCCUGUCCUUACUCCAUCAUCCACCUCUUUGCCACCUUUCUGCGGAGGCUCCUCGCCUUGAAGCUGUUGCUCCUCCAGGAUGCUUGCGCUGGGAGCUGCCUUAAUCUGGGGACUGGCUGCCCUGCUCAGUGGCGGAGGCUGUGUGACCGUACCCACCCUUGGCACCUGCCCACUCCCUCAAGAAAUUGAGCAUGGCCGAAUUGUGCAGCUGGUUCGUUUUGAGUGUGACCCUUUUUAUCAACUCCGUGGCCCAGGAAAAGGGCUCUACCAGUGUGAUCAGUGGCAGCAGGCUUCCGAAGGAGAGAAGAGUAAACUUCCCAUCUGUGAGCCAGUGUGUGGCAGGCCCAAGUCGCCGGCCCGCCCGCUGCAGCGCAUCAUUGGGGGUUUCAUGGCUGCCAGAAACAACUUCCCCUGGCAAAUGAAGCUGGUGACCCGACACAACCGCACAACAGGGGCCACGCUAAUUAGCGACCAAUGGCUCCUGACCACGGGCAGGAACCUGUACUUGAACCACAGCGCCAAGGCCCGCCCAGAGGAGAUCGCUCCCACUCUCCGACUUUUCUUGGGCAAUGGGGAAUCGGCUGGCCCCGUGGACCGCAUCGUCCUUCAUCCCGGCUUCCCCGAGGAGGUGGACCUGGCGCUGCUGCGUCUCCAGCGGAAGGUGCCCAUCGGGGAGACCGUGAUGCCCAUCUGCCUGCCUCAGAAGGAUUACAUCGAGCCUGGCCGGGUGGGCUUCAUCGCCGGCUGGGGUCGCAAUGUCCUCAUGGAACACCCGACGUCCUUGCGUUACGUUCAGCUGCCAGUGGUAGAUCAAGAGAUCUGCACGGCCUACUACGCCGGCCAGGGAAAGGACGCCGUGAAGCCGUUGCUGGGCAAUUACACCUUCUGUGCAGGCAUGAGUAGGUUCCGUGAGGAUACAUGCUAUGGUGACGCAGGAGGAGCAUUUACUGUCCAGGAUCCUGAUGACGAUACUUGGUACGCAGCUGGCAUCCUGAGCUUUGACAAGACAUGCAGCACCGCCAAAUACGGCGUCUACGUGCGGGUGCUUGGCCUGGUGGACUGGAUCCAGGAAACCCUCGCCGCAGCCUGAGUAGGGCCACAUUUGCUUGUCCACCAGUGACAAAGAAUCCAUUCUGUCUAGGAUUCCUGAGAACCCUUUUCCUGUGCCUGCCAUCCUAAGGAGUCACUCAUGGGGCGGGAGCUUCUUUACAGUGGAAAACAUGUUGCCAGAUUUUGAUCCAGUUUAUUUUUGCUAUGUGUCUAAACUGCCCUGUCAACCCAUUAAAGUCGGAUGCCUCUAAUGCA